AUAUUAUGUUUGCUCUCAUGGAAAGUGAAAGGAUUCAAAAACAAAAGAAAAUCUUUGCUUUGAAUUUAGUUGUUUUAUGUAAGAUUUAGAUAACUGAUGGAAAAGGAAUUGGAUAGUAAUAAUGAAGUUAUAGUAGAGAUUUCCGGAGGUACAAAAGAAGAAGAAAAGUCAAAUUCUAAUGAUCCAAAUGGAAAGGUAGAGGGUGUUGAGAAACAAGAAUCUGGGUCAUAUUCCUUUAAAAAGUAUCUUCAAAUAGACCCCCCUCCCCCUGCUCCUAUACUACCAGUUGUUCAAUUGAUUCCUGCUGACCAAGAUUCAGGCCUCAGAUCAAGGAAAAACGUACCGGGUUCUUCUAAUACUUUAGAUAUACCAACGACGACGUCACAGAAGGCGGAUGAGGACAUUAACAGAAGAUCAUUGCCACAGUCUCCAUACCCCAAGUCAAAAUCAAGACUCAUUGAACCCGCAGUUCCUAGCAAUUGGAAGGCGGGAAAUGAUAAAGUGACUAGUACAACUGCUUCUCCUUCUGAGAAGCCAAAAACUCCAAAACUCACCCCUCCAAUAACGCCUAAGACGCCAUUAAUGGCGUCGCAAGGAGAAGAAGAUGAUGAAGACGAUGAUGUAUAUUAUACAAACGUUCUUCAAGCUAAAAGUCAGACUCGAAGAUCUAAGAAACGAAAGGUUCUGUUUUGUAUUGAGUUUAGUAUAUUUGUUUGCGUAGCGGUGGUUUUAGUUCUAAGUAAAACUGUGAAUAAGUUGGAAAAUAGCUAUAUUUGGAGUUUAGAAUUAUGGAAAUGGUGUGUUUUGAUAUUAGUGGUAUUCUGUGGUCGUUUGUUCUCCGAGUGGAUUACAGAUACCACCGUCUUUUUGAUAGAGAAGGAAUUCUUGUUUAAAAAGAAAGUCUUGUAUUUCGUUUACAGCCUACAAAAGAGUGUUCGGGUUUUUAUCUGGUUGGGUUUAAUUCUACUAACAUGGGGACUCUUGAUCAACCGUGGUGUCCAUAGAACGAGACACACAACCAAAGUUUUAAAUAAAAUCACGAGAGGGAUUGCGUCUACGCUUGUUGGUGCUGGUGCAUGGGUACUAAAAACUCUGUUUGUAAAGAUAUUAGCGUCUUCGUUUCAUGUUAAGAUAUUCUUUGACAGGAUUCAAGAAAACAUCUUUCAUCAAUAUGUUCUUCAGAUACUUUCUGGGCCGCCUCAACUGAUGGGGGAUUCUGAAAGCAUACCUAGUAGUAGUAGACAGCUAAGUUUUAAAAGUUCAAAGAAUGAACAAAACAAAGAAAAGGUUAUAGAUGUGCAAAAGCUUCAAAAGAUGAAGCGUGGAAAGGUAUCUGCGUGGACCAUGAGGGGGUUAAUGAAAGUUAUAAAGAGAUCGGGAGUUUCUACGCUAUCAGAAGCCAUUGAUGAAAGCGAGGAUGCUGCAGAUCAGGUUGAACAAAAAAAUGGAUCAAUCACGUGUGAGAGGGAAGCUCAAGAAGCUGGUUAUUCUAUAUUUAGAAAUGUAGCUAAGCACAAACAAAAGUACAUCGAAGAGGAUGAUCUUUUACGGUUUAUGAACAAAGAUGAUGUGAAAAAAGUGCUUCCAUUGUUUGAAGGAGCUGUGGAAUCUGGAAAGAUUAAGAAGAAGUCCUUUAAUAACUGGGUGGUGAAUGUGUAUAAAGAGCGAAAGUUUCUGGCACUUUCUCUAAAGGACACAAAAACAGCCAUAGAGGAGCUAAACAAGCUUGUUUCUGCACUCACAGUAUUUGUGCUCAUAAUCGUCUGGUUACUUCUCAUGGGGAUUGCUACAACCGAAGUGUUGGUAUUCAUCUCAUCCCAGAUUUUACUUGGGGUUUUCAUGUUUGGGACCUCUGCUAAGUCAGCAUUUGAAGCCAUUAUAUUCGUGUUUGUGAUGCAUCCGUUUGACGUGGGUGAUCGUUGUGUUGUUGACGGUGUUCAGGUCGUAGUAGAAGAAGUAAACAUUUUGACAACCGUCUUUCUGAGAUAUGACAAUGAGAAGAUUUUCUACCCGAAUUCAAUCUUGGCUACAAAGGCAAUCAGCAAUUUCAACAGAAGCCCUGAAAUGAGCGAUUCUGUAGAGUUUGAUUUGGAUGUUUCUACUUCAAUCGAUAAAAUCUUAGCUCUAAAAGCUAAGAUAAAGACGUACAUAGAGAGUAAACCGCAAUUAUGGGGAGCAAAGCAUAGUGUUAGGGUUAGGGAGAUUGAAAACGUGAACAAGAUGAAGAUGAGCCUAUAUGUAACGCAUACGAUAAACUUUCAGAAUCACGAAGAAAAAAGCGAUAGAAAAUCAAACCUGGUGCUGGAACUGAAGAAUAUAUUUGAACAACUUGAUUUAAAGUAUCACCUUCUUCCUCAAGAGGUUUUGAUCAGAUACGUUGGCUCUGCCUCGCCACCAGCAACCACCUCCACGCGCUUGUUGUAAUUUCUAAUCAAUCAAUACAUACGGUCCCUUCUUUCUAUCAUUCAUUAGUACUAUUCUAUUGAUUUCAAUUUCAGUGUCUAAACACACUGCUAAUAGUUUAAUUUAAUGUUUAAACACACGCUUUUAUGGUUA